UCCAUAACCAAUCCUCAAGAUUCAUCAAUUUUGGGACACUCAUACAAACCCAUUAUAAGUCUUCAUUCUGUGCUUCAUUGCUUUGGCCUGCACUUAGCUGCAACUCACUCUAGUCCCUCAAAUAUUCUCAUGGCUGCUGCUGUCUCCACUGUUGGUGCUGUCAACAGAGCACCGUUGAGCUUGAAUGGUUCUGGUGCUGGAUCCUCUGCACCAAGCUCUCCUUUCUUGGGCACCAGCUUGAAGAAAGUGAGUUCAAGAUUCACUAACUCCAAGGUCCCAUCUGGGACCUUCAAGAUCAACGCUGAAUAUGAUGAAAAGAAGCAGACCGACAAGGACAGAUGGAAGGGCCUUGCCACUGACCAAUCUGAUGACCAACAAGACAUCACCAGAGGAAAAGGCACGGUCGACUCUCUGUUCCAGGCACCUAUGGGCACAGGCACCCACUACGCCGUCAUGUCUUCUUAUGACUACAUCAGCCAGGGCCUUCGCCAAUACAACUUGGACAACAACAUGGAUGGUUUCUACAUUGCCCCUGCUUUCAUGGACAAGCUUGUUGUUCAUAUCUCUAAAAACUUCAUGAACCUACCCAAUAUUAAGAUUCCUCUGAUCUUGGGUAUAUGGGGAGGAAAAGGUCAAGGAAAAUCAUUCCAAUGUGAGCUUGUUUUCGCCAAGAUGGGCAUCAACCCGAUCAUGAUGAGUGCCGGAGAAUUGGAAAGUGGGAAUGCCGGAGAGCCCGCUAAGUUGAUCAGGCAGAGGUACCGUGAGGCGGCUGAUAUGAUCAAGAAGGGAAAAAUGUGCGUCCUUUUCAUCAACGAUCUUGAUGCCGGAGCUGGUCGUCUUGGUGGAACCACCCAAUACACAGUGAAUAACCAAAUGGUAAACGCCACACUAAUGAACAUUGCUGAUAACCCAACAAGCGUCCAGCUCCCCGGAAUGUACAACAAGGAGGAAAAUCCCCGUGUCCCCAUCAUCGUCACCGGCAACGACUUCUCCACAUUGUAUGCCCCCCUCAUUCGAGACGGCCGUAUGGAGAAAUUCUACUGGGCACCCACCAGGGAAGACCGUAUUGGCGUCUGCAAGGGCAUCUUCAGAACUGACCACAUUGCCGAUGAUGACAUUGUCAAGCUUGUCGACACCUUCCCCGGCCAAUCCAUUGAUUUCUUCGGUGCCCUGAGGGCCAGAGUUUACGACGAUGAAGUGAGAAACUGGAUUUCCGGGAUUGGUGUUGACACCAUUGGGAAGAAGCUGGUGAACUCAAAGGAAGGGCCACCAACAUUUGAGCAGCCAAAGAUGACAAUUGAGAAGCUUCUUGAGUAUGGAAACAUGCUUGUUCAAGAGCAAGAGAAUGUGAAGAGAGUCCAAUUGGCUGACAAGUAUUUGAGAGAGGCAGCUCUUGGUGAAGCCAAUGAAGAUGCCAUUUAAGAGAGGAACUUUCUAUGGUAAAGCAGCCCAGCAAGUGAAUGUGCCAGUUCCUGAAUGAUGUACUGAUCCAAUUGCAGCAAACUUUGAUGCUACUGCAAGAAGCGAUGAUGGAAGUUGCCAUUAUUAAUUCUAGGCCUUUUUCUCGGUAUUUUAAUAUUUUGUUUUUGAGUUUGAUUUGGAACAUGUAAUUUUGUGUUAUAAUUAAAAUAUAUUCAAUCUUGAAAACUGCUUUCUUGUAACAUCAACAUUAACUUGUGUAUUUUGUCUCAUAAAUUUGUUUUCUUGUUCA